AUGGCUUUGUUUGCACGCUGUGGGCCACUGCCCGUGUGGUGCCGAACGGUACAGGCGGUUAGCUAUAGACUGCAGUCGACCCGUUUACAGGAGGACGGCAAUCGUGGCGCUGCUGGCAUCCAGGAAGAAGAAUUUCGUGUUUUAAAUCUAAAACAAACAAAGUCUCAGAGAUUGGCCCGUCGGAAAGCUGCACGUCCGGAUGUUCCGCCGCCACGAUCGCAGCAGAUGGCAACGGAUCAGGAUUGGGGUGCCGUAUGGCCUGGACCACGAUCGUUUAAUCCGUCCGCCGUUCCACUCCCGAUACGCCAGGGAUACGUCACGAAGCGUAACCAAAUGUCACCCGGCAAGUUUGCCAACGCGGAGCUGAUGAAGAUACCGAACUUUCUGCACUUAACGCCGCCCGUUAUCAAACGACAGUGUGAAGCACUGAAACAGUUCUGCACCCCGUGGCCGAAGGGGCUCGAAACGGAGGAGAAAAUGAGGGCACACUUCCCGAUGACUUGCGUCACGACGGACUACUGUCACGCACUGCCCACCAUACGCAAUCCAUUGUCGCGCAUUGUAACGGUACAGCUGGAGCUCGGAUCAUUGCAGCUGGAUCGACACGCGAAGGAUAAGUUGCUACGGUUGGUGGGUGAGCGAUACAAUCCCGAAACGGAUCUGCUUACGAUCGUUACCGAUCGGUGUCCGUUGAAGAAACAAAAUUAUGAUUAUGCGAUAUAUCUGCUGACCGCACUGUACCACGAAUCGAAUACGGUGGAACCGUGGGAAGCGACCAAGAGUGAGGCCGACAUGGAGUAUUUCGAUUUUGAGACGAGUCGCAGUAAGCGCAACGCGGAGACAACGCUUAACUGGAACCGGAAGAAGGGCGAUAGUGGGUGGGUACAGGUGCCGAAAGCGUACGCGGAUGCUGUAGCGAAUCUGUUCAACGAAGGAGAAAACGAGUAUAAUAUAACCAAGUACAAGGAACAAACGGUAGCCCUGUUGGGGUUGGGCGAAGAGGCGAAGUAGAUUGAAGGGACG